CAACUGUGACAGAGCCUGAGAAAGAUCACUCUAAAACCACAACUCCACGCCACUUUGUGACUUUGUGUUUUAAAAACUCAAGUGGAUUUACGGCCGACUUCCAGAGAACUUGAUUUUAUUUUAAUCCGGGACGUUUUAGGGAAAAUAAUAAUAUGGGAAAGGGAAAUUUUUGUUUUUUGACAGUUUGGAUAAUUUUGGGAAGCAUCUGUGCAACUUUUUCUUCAGACCCUGAACCCACCGCCACUUCUGAUUUUGUAAACACCACAGUCACCGCUACUCCUCUGGAAACCACUACUGAAUGGAUCACAGACUACACUGACAUCUUGUCCAAGUUCUCCCUGCGCACUGUAGAAACCCCAGAUGAUGACAUGUGCUACAUUGUGGCGGGCAGACCCGAAACCAUCCAUGAGUGUGAAUUCAAUCGAGAGACACAGACUUUCGUUGUGAUACACGGCUGGACGGUAACAGGGAUGUUUGAGAGCUGGGUUCCCAAACUGGUCUCUGCUCUAUACGAGCGCGAGCCCACUGCCAAUGUGAUCGUGGUGGACUGGCUGACCCGUGCCAACCAGCACUACCCGACCUCGGCCGCCUACACCAAACUCGUGGGUCGUGACGUCGCCAAGUUUGUCACCUGGAUACAAAAAGAGCUGCAGUUGCCCUGGGAGAGGCUCCAUCUGCUGGGUUACAGUCUGGGAGCACAUGUGGCUGGAAUUGCCGGAGACCUCACUGGCAAUAAAAUCAGCAGGAUUACAGGUAUGGAUCCUGCAGGUCCCACAUUUGAGCACGCCGACGAGCAGAGCACCCUGUCCCGGGGCGAUGCACAGUUUGUGGACGUCCUGCACACCAACACCAGGGGUUCCCCUGACCGCAGCAUUGGCAUCCAGAGACCAGUGGGUCACAUCGACAUUUACCCCAACGGGGGCACCUUCCAGCCGGGGUGCGACAUCCAGAACACCUUGUUGGGGAUUGCAUCGGAAGGGAUCAAGGGCCUCCAAAACAUGGACCAGAUUGUGAAAUGUUCCCACGAGCGCUCCAUUCACUUGUUCAUCGACUCUCUGCUGAACACCCAGCAGCAGAGCAUGGCCUACCGGUGCAACUCUAAAGAGGCCUUCAACAAGGGAAUGUGCCUCAGCUGCAGGAAGAACCGCUGCAACAAGCUCGGCUACAACAUCAACAAGGUCCGCACGGCCCGUAGUGCCAAGAUGUACCUCAAGACUCGUGACAUGAUGCCUUACAAAGUUUUCCAUUACCAAGUGAAGGCACAUUUCUUCAGCCAGGGUGAGCUGAGCUUCACGGAGCAGCCAAUGAAGAUUUCUCUGUAUGGAACCCACGGAGAGAAGGAGGACAUUGCUUUUGUUCUACCUGUGCUGAACGGCAACUCCACUCUGUCCUUCCUCAUCACCACCGACGUGGACAUUGGAGACCUGAUGAUCGUGAAGCUGCGCUGGGAGAAGGAUGCAAUCAUCAGCUGGUCAGACUGGUGGGGCAGCAGCAAGUUCCACAUCCGAAAGCUUCGCAUCAAGUCCGGCGAGACUCAGUCCAAAGUGAUAUUCACUGCAAAGGAUGGAGAGUUUGCCUAUCUCAAAAGGGGAGGAGACAAUGCAGUCUUCGUCAAGUCUAAAGAAGACAAGAUGAACCGUCAAGAGAAACUGAUGCACAAGCUGAAAAUGCAGGGCAGUCUUUACGGGCAGAGCGAUGCGUGAAGUUGUUCUUGAACACUAUGUGCAUCAUCCAUCUCACCAUAUACAGUACAUAGCCAAAGAUGGACAGCACUCAGCCACGCUGCUUGGAAAUCCCUUACGAAUAACUGGAUAUAUAAUGAAUGCUGUGUUAUUUCUUUUCUGAUUCUUCCUUUAUUCCCCCCCCCCAACCCAACUCCCAGAGCAACCAACGCAACCUCAUCCACAGCACUAGAAAUCAGUCCAGUCAUGAGCUCCCUCGUGUGUCUCUGCAAAUUCUGACACUGAAAAGUGUCACAGAUGUCUGUUUGAUGAUGCGCUCAUAUUUUUACAAACCUUCAGCAGCUUUUUCUGCCAUGUAAUCGUCGUUUAUGUUUUUGUAUCCUCUAUGUACUGUGUAUACUGACUUUGACAUGUUUUGAACUGAUGUGCUUUCUGAGCCUUUGUGAACUUGGAUCCUUGUCAGGGAUUCGGAGUGAUAGGCAUAAUGUAAGCAUGUCCUUAUCAGCGUUUUGAAAAUGUGCAAAAUGAUCUAUUCGUGCCCAACGUUUCUCGUUACUUAACCACUAAUUGCCAACAAUCAACAGGGACCAAAGAAGCUUUUAUUAUCUACUGAACGGAGAAUCACAGUGGUCUUUGUAAAUACCUUAAUCAGUACUUUUUGAAUAUGAGUUAUGUGUUAAUAUCUGAUCUCUUGAAGCCUUGCCUGUUCUUUGAUUGCAUUGGUUAUUGUGUCACUAGUCACUUUAUAAGGAUCUCUGUCCCCUGUAGCCAUUUAGACGAUCAGAUCUUUGAGAGUGCACUCCAAUAGGGAUAUGCAUUCUUUACUAUUUUUUUUCUAUUGAAAAUGAACGACGGACACCUUUAAAUGUCCAAUCAAAUGGUCAAAAGUGUCCCACCUGAAAACAAUUUACCUCAUUUAACCUCAGUCUACAACCUGCCCUUAAGAAAGGUCAAACACUGCAAAAUUGUUAAAGAAAUCAACAUGCAAGCCUUUGUCAUUAGUGAUGGACUGUCCUAGAUAAUAGCCAUAAUACAUCUCAAAGAAUACUUCAUUUUGUAUUUAUUGAUUGUACAUUUAUAUAUUUGUAUAUGAAGCUGUAAUAUAUUUUGUCAGGCUUC